UUUACUUUUGUCUUGAGACUCUUGAGUCUUGACUCUUGUUAUUUGUGAUUGUGCUUCGUAUUGGUUUUAUCCUGUAAGAACUCGUUGCACUAUUUAUAUUGGAAUGUCUUUAAAUUCCUAGAAAAAGUGAAAAGUUAUUAGCUACAAUGGAGGUGUUUAAUAAGUUCUAUUCAUCUGUUUCGAGUACGGUUUCUCAAUUGUCUGGUGUACUUCCUGGAAAUCCGGUGACUAGAGAAUUUGAAGCUACUCAAUACAUCGCAAGUGCUGGACCAGGUCUGUUGUGGAAGGUUUAUACAGGCUACAAAAAAUCAACUAAGCAGGAGGCUUCGAUUUUUGUAUUUGAAAAGAAACAAUUAGACAGAUGGUCAAAAGCAGACAGGGAUAUCAUGUUAGACAUAUUGAAACGGGGUAUUCUACAGCUAACUAAACUCCGCCAUCCUCAAAUACUUACAGUUCAGCAUAGUUUAGAAGAAAGCAGAGAAAGCUUAGCAUUUGCUACAGAGCCGGUUUUUGCUAGCUUAGCAAACAUUCUUGGUAACACAGAUAACAUGCCACAGCCGACACCUAGUCACCUUGUUAACUAUAAACUGUAUGAAGUUGAGAUUAAGUAUGGUCUUAUGCAAAUAGCUGAAGGUUUAGCAUUUUUACACAAUGAUGUAAAGUUGUUACAUCACAAUAUCAGUCCUGAAUCUAUUGUAGUUAAUCAACAAGGAGCUUGGAAAAUAUUUGGAUUUGAUUUUUGUAUUGCAAACCAGAGUCCUACAGGACAAGCACCAUUUUGGCCUUUUAAUGAGUACUGCCAGGCUAUGCCAGCAUUGACACAAUCAUCUUUAGACUAUCUAGCUCCUGAAUAUAUUCUUUCCGCAACUCAUUCUCCAGCCAGUGAUAUUUUUUCUUUGGGUAUGCUUGUCUAUACCAUUCAUAGCACUGGGCAUCAACCGCUUGGAAAUAUCAGUGGGGAUUAUUCUAAAUUUAGAAGGUUUGUAAAUGAAUUGAGAAACUUGCCUACAUCAAAGCUUCUAUGUGUAGCAGAAGGCUUAAGAGAAUAUGUAAAACUUAUGUUAAAUGUUACACCAGAGUUGAGGCCUGAUCCUCAUCAAUUGUUAAAGAUAUCUUAUUUUGAAGAUGUUGGUGUGAAAACUCUCAACUAUUUAGACUCUCUGUUUCAAUGGGAUAACCUUCAAAAGUCUCAAUUCUACAAAGGUUUACCGCAGAUUAUUCAAAAAAUGCCCCACAGAAUAUGUAUUUAUAGAAUAUUGCCAUGUCUAGCAAAAGAAUUUGUCAAUCCACCAAUGGUACCUUUUAUUCUACCUAAUGUUUUGUUGAUCGCAGAAAAUUCAACAAAAGAGGAAUUUAUCAAAUACAUACUACCUGUUUUGAAACCUGUUAUGUUAAUACAAGAACCAAUACAGAUAUUACUUAUUUUUAUGCAAAAAAUGGAGCUAUUGCUAAAACUUACUCCAGGUGAGGAAGUAAAAACAGAUAUCCUUCCAAUGUUGUAUCGAGCAUUAGAAUCUGAUGCACAACAAAUACAAGAAUUAUGUUUGUCGGUAUUACCAACAUUUGCAUCUUUAAUAGAUUAUCCAGCUAUGAAAAAUGCUUUAUUGCCAAGAAUAAAAAAGUUAUGUCUACAAACAAAUUAUUUAUCUGUUAGAGUAAACUGUUUGUUAUGUCUGGGAAAAUUAUUGGAACAUUUAGAUAAAUGGCUGGUCCUGGAUGAAAUUAUACCAUUCUUGCCUCAAAUACCUUCACGGGAACCAGCUGUACUAAUGGGGAUUCUUGGUAUAUACAAAUUAACUCUAAGUCACAAAAAAUUAGGUAUCACUAAGGAAGUGAUGGCCACAAAGGUGUUGCCUUUCUUAAUACCACUUUGUGUUGAAAAUGGUUUAACAUUAAAUCAAUUUAAUGCACUCAUGUCCUUGGUAAAGCAAAUGUUAUCGAAAGUGGAGGCUGAGCAUAGAACUAAGCUGGAACAACUUAAUUCCAUACAGAAGGAAUCUAAAGUAAUGGAGCAUGCGCUGACACCAACAUCAGACAACUUAGUACCAACACCACAAACAGACAUUGACAAGAUGUUUUCGGGUCUUGGAAUAGAUCCAUUCGCAUUUAGUUCUAAGCCACAGGAGAAGGAAGCAUUGCCACCUCUUAAAGAUGCAAUGUCUCUAAGUAUGGAAGAUAAGCAAAGGUUAGCACAGCAACAGGAAACUCAACGAAAGAUGUCACGUCAAGCACCAACGAUGCCCACGGCCAAAGUUGUGCCUCCCCCACAACUUCCUAAAGCUGUAGAUUUAACCAGUUCGUUACUUCAAUCUAAUCUUACACAAUUGUCGAAACCACAAUCUAGUUUAAAUCCUAAUUUAACUCACAAUAACAAUUCCUAUCAAAUGAGCACUAAUAAUUUUAUGAGUGCAUCUCCAAUAGGAAAAGUGGGCAAUCCAAUUGGAAAACCCGUUGGGAGUCCGGUUGGGGACACAAUUACUAGUCCAAUCGGUAAUACACUGAAUAGCCCCAUUGGUAAUACAAUGAGUAGCCCCAUUGGUAAUACAAUGAGUAGCCCAAUUGGUAAUACAAUGAAUAGUCCUGUUAGUAAUACAAUGGGUGCAAUGGGAAAUUUAAAUUCCCCAAUGAGUAGUAUGACUUAUGGUUUUCAAAAUCACUUAGCUCUAACAUCCUCUCCACCACCAAAUGGUAAUUUCAAUAAUAAAUGGACUAAUCAAACAAAUAUUAAACAAGAUUGGUCCGCCUUUGAAUCUCUUUUACCGAAUUCUAAUGAAAAUAAAAAUAGUAAUGAUAAAAAAUUUAGUAAUAAUGAAAUGAUGGAUUUAUUGGGUUAAUGAAAUACAGAUAAUAAUUUAUUUAAUAUGAAGACGGUAUCGUUUGUUCUAACGAAAAUUUGCUGAUUAUUUUUUUAAGGAAAGGUACUGGUAAAUUUUCACAUCACAUUUCCAUAAUAUAUAAAUUGUUUAUUAUAAUUUUAGCACAUCUAAUGACUGAUAUGUAUUAAAUAAAAGUUUGACAUUCCUCGUACAAUCUAAAAAAAAUGAUAGUUUUUGAGUAGUGAGAUUAUAGUAAUGUUUUGUUUAUUGUGGUAUUAUUAGUAGAUAAUUAUUUAAGACGAAUUUGUUAUGGCGCGGUGCAAAACGUCUAGCGGUGACAGGAAUAGAAUAAAUCAAAUUAUGGUAACGUUCCUAAGAGAUUGGAUUACUAGACGAGGGCUGCGUUCAUGAUUGUACAUAUCAAGUCUGAAACGUCUGAAAUAUUUUAAGUUAUUCUCAUUUAUAUAUGUGAGAUAAGAACAAGGCAUUAAAUCAUUAUUUUUGAGGUUUUUAGUUGGUUUGAAAAAAAGACUAUUCACUGCUAGACUACCAGAUAUCAC